AUGGAGGUUGAAAAAAGGGGUUCAAAGGGAGGCUUUUUUCAGUUGUUUGAUUGGAAUGUUAAAUCUCGAAAGAAGCUCUUCUCUGGUAGAUCUGAAUUACCUGAGAGUUCUAAACAGGGGAAAGAAAAUUUUAAUGGUUCACGACUUCAGCAGGCGAAUGGACUUGAAAAUGAGUUUGGUCCAAAUGCUAGAAGACAUAUUGGUUACCAUUAUGAUUCAUCAGCAAGCGGUGAUUCAGAUUGUGGAACAAAAGCACCUGGGGUUGUGGCACGUCUAAUGGGAUUGGAUUCAUUGCCAACUACAAACGUUUCUGAGCCCUAUUCUACUCCGUUUAUUGAGUCUCACUCUUUCAGAGAUUCUCGUUACUUGGGAAUCCCUGCGUUUCAGAAUGAACAUGAUAUUGUAAUCUUUGAUAACAUACGGAAUAAAGUGGAUGGCUUCACUAGGAUACCUGUGGACCCGAGGCUGCAGAAGUUGCAUAGUCGACCAAUUGAGAGGUUUCAAAGUGAGGUAUUGCCUCCAAAAUCUGCUAAGCCCAUUUCCAUUACUCAGCAUAGGCUCUUAUCUCCUAUCAAGAGUCCCGGGUUCAUCCCACCAAAGAAUGCAGCUUACAUAAUGGAGGCAGCUGCCAAAAUCAUUGAGCAGAGUCCUCGGUCAACCCCUAAAGGUAAGUCGCUGGCACUUGGGUCUUCUUCUGUCCCAUUGAGAAUUCAAGGUUUGAAAGAGAAAAUGGAGGCUGCUCAGAGAUCAUCUCCAAUGGCCGUGGCAUCCCAAAAGGUCAAAGAGCAUAACUCCGUUAAGAACAUAAAGAAACAGCUUAGUGGCAGAGGUCAGGGUCGAUCAGAAGAUGCACAUUCAAUCAAAGGUUCUGGAGAGUCUAAACGGGUUGGUUCUCAGAAACUUAAGAGAAAGGAAAAAUCAGUUUCUCUUGCAGUUCAAGUGAAUGGCAACAUCCAGAAAAAGGAGGAACUAAUUCCAGAUGGUAACAGAAGUUCUGAGAAGCAAAAGGGACAUAAUGAGAUCAAGUCCAACUGUGUUGGCAGGAAUCAGUCCAAUGCACCAAAAAGAGUGGAAAAGAGAAGUUCACCAAGCAGGCCUUCUGAUGCGCUCAGGCAAAAUCAACAAAAGCAGAAUUGUGUAUCCAACAGGGUGGAAGGAAAUUAUAAGCCUUCAGUUUCCCAACAAAAAGAUAGAAAAGAUAUGCCCACCAAUUACAUUAAUGGGCGAGCAAGUAAGACUGUAAGUAAGAUUGUUGUAAACAAUGUAGAUCCUUCCAGGAAGACAAAUUCAGUUACCAUUGAUGCUGGAAAAGAGUUUUCAUCCUCUAGAGUAAAUACACCUGUGAAAAAGAAACAACCAAUCAAUGGGAAUAUCCAGUCUGAUAGAACUCUUGCUGAAAGUAUAUUGAUGGCAAAAGAUGAAAAAUUGGUAAAAUGUAAUGUUUCGAUUGAAGGGAAUACCAAGUGGGAUGCAUUUGACAGGAACAAUGGCUUGGAUGUUGUGUCGUUCACAUUUACAUCUCCAAUUAAAAAAUCAGGGGCUGCAUCCAGCUCAUCUAGUAAAAUGUUGGAAGUGACUAGAUCAUUGUCUCCCAUUAGCAAUCCUUCUGACCAUCAAUCUGACUUCAAAAAUUCAGGCGCAUCUUCCUUGGCGAGUAAUAUUAUUGGCAGGGAUGCACUUAGUGUGAUUUUGGAACACAAGCUAAAAGAACUGACAUCUAGAGUUGAGAUGUCCCAGCAAGAGCUGUCGGAAGCUUGUUCUUUUUCUAGCAUUGCCAACGGUUACCAGAAUACGGGGCCUACUGUAAACUUGGUAAACCCUACAGAAAAAGAUGAUCUAAAUGAAGGCAAACAGGAAUCUCGAAAUGACUUCGAUUGCCUUUUUGUUGACAAACUUUGGCUGAAAGAAGCAAAAGAGCACCAGGGAUCACUGGACAAGCAGGAGUAUAGCAAUGGUAGCAACACUGAACAUGAAAGAUAUCUUAACAUUUUGAGGUCUAGCCCAGCAUCUAGUCUGGAGCCUUCUAUCUCAGGAUCAAGUUGUGACUCAUUCGGAGGUGACAGAAGUUUCACAAAUGAUGGUGGCCUGCGGUGUUUUUCAGUUGAAUCUGAUGAAGUGACAGAUUGGAGCUCAGCAAGGAAAUCUCACCCAAUAGAAGGAGAUGUCGAUUUAUCAGAUACUGCCUCAUCUUUGUCUUUUGGGACUAUAUCUAGAACUAUUUCAUCCACGUUAUUUCCUUCUACAAAUUUGAAGGAGUCAUCCCCAUGGCAAUUACGAUAUAUUAUAGAUAUGCUUAGCAGCAGUGCAGGAUUAAUGCUGCAGGAAUUUGCUCUAGGUCAGGCGCACAAGAUAGUACCUCCAGAUCUAUUCGAUCAGUUAGAGAAUCAAAUCAUGGAGUUAAAUAAGAAUAAAGAAGAAUUCUUCAUGCUUGAGCGAAAGGUAGUGUUUGAUUGCGUGUGUGAAUGUCUAGAACUCAGAAGCAGACAGCUUUUUGCUGGAAGUUGCAAAGCAUGGACUAAGCAGACAAUGCUUUUCCAAAGGAAGGAAUGGUUGGCAGAAGAAUUGUACAGAGAGAUAUCAAGUUGGACAAAGAUGGACGAGCUAAUGGUGGAUGAGGUUGUGGACAAGGACAUGAGUACCAAAGAUGGGAGAUGGGUCGAGUUUGAAAUCGAAGCAUUUGAAGAAGGCGUAGAGAUUGAAAAUAGAAUAUUAACUUCUCUGGUUGAUGAAUUGAUUGAUGACUUCUUAUUCUGA